AUGUCAGAUAAGCAUUUGAAGAUAGGACAAAGAGUUCUCGUCACAGGGAGAAAUGCUAAAGGUGCCGUUGCCUAUGUGGGAUAUCCUACUUUUGCACCUGGAAAAUGGAUUGGCGUUAUAUUGGACGAAGCUGUGGGGAAAAAUAAUGGAACCGUUCGAGGACAUGCCUAUUUCCAGUGUGAUGAGAACUGCGGUAUGUUUGUUCGUCAGACCCAAUUGCAGUUCUUGGAUGCUGAAGAUAAUCCAAUGGAGACAUCGAUGACUACUUCCAGCGAAGAGAGUAAAUCUUCUAUACCUAAUAGGAGACUGAGCAGCUCCAGAACAUCACUGGCCAGCAGCCGCCAGUCCCUUUCCUCGUUCGUGUCCCCCACCGCGGAGAGGGCCACGUCACCAGAUCUCACUAAGCGGGCCUCUUUUGUCGAGACCGGGUUUGUGGAGACGUUGACGCCCCAAUUCACGUUGGGGCAAAGCAUUACUUCUCCUCUGCCAAGCUCGACAGCCGUAGAAGACAAGUUGGCCAAUAUACAGGCUCAACAAGAGAUAACAAACCUCAAAAGUGAGGUGGAAGACCUAAAGGAGAAGUUGGAGACGCUCAGGAUCCGUCGCGCCGAGGAUCGGGAGAAGCUGCGAGAGCUGGAGAAGGUCCGCCUCCAGCUGGAGCAGGCCAACGAGUUCAAAGCGAAGAUUAUGGAGUCGCAGGCGCAGCUGCAGAGGGAUCUGCAGAGAGCCAAGCAAGAGGUUCGUGAAGCCCAAGAGGCGCUGGAAGUUCACAACGACGAGACAGCGGAGCUGCAGGAAGCUGCUGAGAUGGCUGCUCUGGAUAAGGAAAUGGCGGAGGAAAGGGCUGAGGCGUUACAACUGGAACUGGAACAGUGCAGGGAGAAGCUGGAGGAAGCGACCCUGGACCUGCAGCUCAUGAGAGCCGAGAUGGAGGCAGGUGGAAAUAUACAGCACCCGUACGCAGCGGGAGAGGGCGCCACCGGCUACGAGGUUCGUCAGCUGCAGCAGCAGAACGUCCGCCUGCGCGACACACUCGUGCGGCUGAGGGACCUCUCCGCCCACGACAAGCACGCCAUGCAGAAGAUGGCUAAGGACUUGGAACAGAACAAAUCAGAGAUAGCGGAGCUCAGCAGAACGAAGGAGAAGCUCUCAGCCAGGGUCGAAGAGCUGGAAGCGCAAGUGGCCGACCUUCGCGAGCAGGUGGACGCGGCGCUCGGUGCUGAGGAAAUGGUAGAACAGCUGGCCGAGAAGAAGAUGGCUCUGGAAGACCAGGUGGAGCAAUUGAAGCAAGAUGUCCAAGAACUGGAGGCGCUGCAGGAAAUACAUGAACAGCUGGUCGAAUCCAAUCGGGAGCUGGAGAUGGACCUUCGCGAAGAGUUGGAGAUGGCGCACGCGGCCACCAGAGAAGCAGCGAGGGAGAGAGAAGCUGCGCUAGAGACGAUCUUAGACCGGGAUUCUACGAUAGUUAAGUUCCGCGAGCUGGUUCAGCGCAUGACGGAACAGUACAAUGAGAUGAGGAACCAGCUGGACUCCAAGAUAGGAUCACCAGCCCCUUCAGAGCAGGAGUCGACGCCGGAACCGGUGUCCAGGUCUUCGCCGCCCACGGAGCUGGGCUCCCUGGUGCAACAGUCCCGAGCCUCCACUCGCUCUAUCGACCUGCAACUGCGGUCUUUAGAACUCAGUCAAGCGAGGACCCGCGCGACCAUGCUGGCUGCUUGUCUUCCGGACCACUUCAUGAGUAGUGGUGGCGACCACGACGCCAUCUUGUUCAUUCUCUUACUCCAGCGGUUGAAUGCGAAGGCGGAAAUCAUUCUAGGUCAGAUAAGAGAGAGAUUCCCAGCGGUGAACGUGUGGGACCGAGAGGCGAUCACGAAGACCCACACGGCGGUGCAGUACAGCUUCAGGUGCCAACUGGAGUAUCAAUUGAUGAUGAUUCAGUGUAUGGUGUGCAUGUGGAGCAGUGCGCUGGAGCUGUGCACUCCAGAGGUGCUGCUGAAGGCGGCUUCAGCGUUGCCUGAUGCGACUGCGCAGGAGCGGGCCCUAGAUGGCGCUGCGCAAUUGCUGAAGAGCAACGAACUAGACGAGAACUGCGCGCUCGACGGUAUCGAGAGAUGCUGGACGUACCUAUCGGCGAUGUGGGGGGCGCUGAGCAUGUCCCGAGUAGAGGGGGCUGGAUGUACAAGGGAGGCUGUUCUGCACGCGUGCGGGGCACUCGACGCGCUCGCGAGGGCGCUGCACGCCGACGCGAGUGCGCUUACGCAGAUACUGCAGGCAGCAGACCGGCAGCUAGAGCUGGGCCUGCUGCACGAAGCUAUCCAGUCGAGCUGUUCGUCCCUGCAGCAGCAACUGAAAGCCGUCCGCCGACGGUUACCAGCUGGUGUCAACCUUCACAAUCUGCCUUUGGAUCUGCAGCUGGUAGAACGUCUUCGUGGCGAUAGUGCCGUGGCGCUUUGGAAGUGUGCGCGCGCGACUUCGUUGGCAGCGAGGGCUGCGUGCGCUUGCGCAUCCACAGCUGGGGAGAGGGGUGACGGCGCGCCUCUCGCCCACCAGGCCCUCAACGCCAUCUGGACGGCUGCUACCGACAAAAUUUAUCAACAGGACGAUCACGGCCCGGUGAAGACGAUCAAGCACGCGUUGUCUGUCGUGUCGAAUGACGUCGGCAAGUUGGCUGCCUUCACGCAAGACAAGGAGUAUGACGUCAUGUCGCUCACCAACGUGGCGCAGGACAAGCCAACGCCACCUAUCGUGCUCCGCGCGCAACACGUCAAGAAACAACUAGAAGAAACGAAGACGCUGACAAUUCGUCUAGAGAACAAGGAAGCGGAUAUCAAAGAACUGAGGAAAAUGCUCAAGACGAAGCAAGAGGAGUUGUCAGAGAUGCAGAUACGCCGUGAGCUGGGCGAGAGGAAGCUGAGGGCGGUGGCUGAUGAUGCAGAGCUCAAGGCCCAGGAAAUGCAGAGGAAACUCGAGGAUGUCACCAACCAGCUCAAGAGGAAGGAGAAAGAAUUCGAAGAGACCAUGGACCACCUUCAGCAGGACAUCGACUCGUUGGAGAGCGAACGGGGCGCGCUGCGGGACAAACUCAAGAUGUACGCAAAGGGACGCACGGGUACUCACCACGCAGUGGCGCCGCCCGUGCCGAGCUUGCGCGACUUCUCACAGGAAACGCCAGUGAAGGUAACAUCGGGUGUCGCAGCCGGCGAAGUGAACGAGGCUCUACAGCAUCAGCUCAAAGUCCUCAGUUGGCGCGUAGAACGCGAGCGUGCAGCGAGGAUAGCUGCGUGCGCGCGCGCAGAACGCGUCGCCGUGCGUAAUCUUCGGCCGCUGGAACACCCUGCUGCGCCAGCGGCGAUCGCUCGUCGGCAGGCCGCUUCUCAGCUUGAAGCUCAGCUAGCUGCCUUGCACACGGAAUGGACGCUGUUCGUGGCUCGUUCGGGCCUGGUGAAGUUCCCCGAAGAGCCGAGCAAGUACGCACGCGCAUUGCACCAGCACAAGGAGAGGCAGCGAGAGAUUAGGAGGCAGCUGGAGGAGAGACUGUUCGCUCUGCAGCAAGAAGCACGCCACUUGAUAUCUGUCCACAGACCCUGGCGUUGUGUCGAAGCGGACCUCACAGACUUCCCGGCGCCGGAGUUGACAGCUGCGUUAACUGCGCAAGCGAUAGACAUCGGAACGAUAAAGUACCCGGCGCCUGCGUCAGGGCUUUCAGACGACACGAUAUACGUCACCCCCGCCCAACUCGCCAAGAUCAGGGAGUUGGUUGAAGAAUUGAAGUCUGAUGAUGUUAAGCUGGAUUUGAAGCCGCUAGAGCAAACCGUCAGCGCAGCUUGA